AUGUUUUCAUUGAACCACAACUUAGCCGCCAGACACGCACUCUCGUAUAUCCGUGCUGGCGCCAAGGCCAGAUUUCUUUCAUUCAAGACAUUCCCCACACCCAACGCCAACGCUUUGAAAUUUGAGUCGCCAGUGCCUGUGUCGCCAGCAGGUAACAAAACCUUCGAGUUUUCCACGACGUUGCAAGCGGUGCACUCGCCCUUGGCCCUCAAACUAUUCAAGCUUGCGGGCGUCAAGUCGCUUAUGAUCGGCAGUGACUUUAUCACGGUCAGCAAGCAGGACUAUGUAAACUGGGCCCACUUGAGGCCGGAAGUGGUGGAGGUGUUGGACAAGUUUUUGACGCUGAAAACUGAGCCCGUGAUCACCAGGGAGCUCUUGGAAGAGGCGGACUCAUUUGCUGCCUCUGAGAACGACUCCGAGAUUGUUGCCAUGAUCAAAGAGUUGAUCGACACGAGAAUUAGACCCGCCAUUCAAGACGAUGGUGGCGACAUUGAGUUCAAGGCGUUUGACGAAGAAACGGGCACGGUGUUUUUGAAGCUCCAGGGAGCGUGCAAGUCGUGCUCCUCGAGCGAAAAUACUUUGAAAGGAGGCAUUGAGGCCAUGCUCAAACACUACAUUGAGGAAGUGAGCGAAGUUGUGCAGAUCCUUGACCCGGAGGAAGAAAUCGCCAACAAGGAGUUUGAGCGUUUGGAGUUCAAGCUCAAGAACAAAUCACAAGCUGCCACGGACCAGGCGCCUGCUUCCCAGGCGCCUCCAACGUAG